UCGUAUUAUUUUGGCUGUUUUCGGGGCUUUAGUUGUCGUUUUGUAAACUUUGUUCAUAAUUUACUGCUUGUUUUGAUGUCUGAAUUAAAGGGCAAAAGCCGAUCCAGGGAGCCGUCGAUCUACAAUUCGGCUUUAAGAGAUCAGAUUUAUCCCGUAACCUUUAAGACGUUUAAAAGGCUAAUCGUUAACCUUGCUAAAAUCAUAGCCACCCUGCGAAUCGCCGUUAGAAAGCACAAAACCGACGACGAGUGCGCACGAUGGCUUUAUGAAGCCUUUUACAGAGAUCCUAGUAUUCGAGAAAAGUAUCAGUUCAAGGUGGCCCCUUGUCCUCGUCGCAUUCGAGAAAAGUUGCUCAAGGUUCUUGACCCUGAACUGAUAAUAAGUGAGGGUGAACCAAUAUCAGAACAAGUGGUUGUGGUCGACGGAGCCAAUACUAAAAAAGAGUCGAAAAAUUUACUGGGAAACCAGAAACUAAGAUCUGGAGAUGAGAUAGUUCAAGUCGACAAGUGUGGCACCUUCAUAUUUCCUGUAUCUUUCCAAACUUUUGAAAACAAUAUCAACAAAGUAGUGGUUUUCUGCAAGAUUAACAAGACCAGAGAGGAUGGUCUGAAGAUGUUGGACGAUGUUAAAUUGCGUCAUAGAACCCUAAAAAAGUUCUAUAAUCGCUUUUACAUGCUCCCACAAUAUCGUGGCAGGAGAAAUUAUUUCAAAGAAUGUCCACAUACUCCUUUGGCCAAGUUGCUAGAAUCUGGCAGGCCCUAUGAUGAUAAGGCAAUGAAAACGCUUUCGCAGAUUAAGGAAAGGAAGUCACUUAAAAACAAUUCGAGGAAAGAUCCAAAGAUCUUGAACGAGAUACAAAACACUAAAAUACAAGGAGUGGAGCGAUUCCCAAUUUUAAUUUCUUUGGGUGAGUUCAUUUUUAUUUUAAGAAUACAAUAUAAGAACCAUAUAUUUAAUUCUCAUAAAAUAUUUGUCCGGAAAGAAAACCUUUUCUAACAAUUAGAAUACUCAUCACCUUAUUUUCAAAGGAUCCUAAAGGUCCGUCCACUGAGGAUAAUGAGUCCACUUUUAUCAAUGUGGGAGACGUAAGCCUUGGCUCCAAGUUGCCACAAGUUGCAUUUAAUCCACUAGCGUCCGAGGGAGUCACAAAUGGGGGCCAAUCAUCACAAGAACCUACAUCGGAAAGGGUGGAGACAAUAAGGCAGGAAGCCAUCGAAUUUCCAUGCAACACAACUGACAAGAGGGAAAAAAUUACUUUGAAGGAGCAAGAUAAAGAUAUUGAUGGUAUUCAAAGCAAGAGAGUGUCCGAGGAAAACGCAAAUGGGGGCCAAUCAUCACAAGAACCUACAUCGGAAAGGGUGGAGACAAUAAGGCAGGAAGCCAUCGAAUUUCCUUGCAACACAACUGACAAGAGGAAAAAAAUUACUUUGAAGGAGCAAGAUAAAGAUAUUGAUGCUACUCAAAGCGAGGGAAUCGUAAAUGGGUGCCAAUCAUCACAAGAACCAAUUUCCGUAAAUAUGGAGACAAUUAGGCAGGAACCCAUCGAAUUUCCUUCCAACACAACUGACAAGAGGAAAAAAAUUACUUUGAAUGAAGAUGUUGAUGAUAUUGUAAGCUGGCCAUCCCCUAGGUGGACCAAGUACUUAAAACAAAUGGGUAGCGAUGUAAUCCCAAGUACAUCAGCUACUCAGAAACAUGUUAUUCUGAAAAAGAGGAAAAAAACUAGCCACGCAGGAUCAAACAAAUAAAAAAAAAAAAAAAUGAUUUUUGCUGCCCAUUGAAAAAGCUUUUGCUACCUGUAGCAAGUGACACAGGCUUAAAUUUUAUUUCGUUUAGUAUAUUGAAAGAUAUUCUAUUACUAUUGAGUUUAAAUUUUCAACAUUUUCUUCCUUUUUAUUUUUCCAGAAGCUGUAAUGACCUUACAUUUGGAUUACCUGAAUUAUUAGUUUAAUUAUUAAAAAAACAGAAUAAAAAAUUUUUAUUGCCCAUUGAAAACGGAUAAAUAUAACUUAGUGUUUAAUUUAACAUGU